AUGAAGAUGGUGUACCCUGACCCCGCGGACAUCCUCAACUUCCGCCUCACCAUUGAGCCUGACGAGGGCAUCUACAAGGGCGGCGUGUUCGACUUUACCUUUGCCAUUAACCAGAACUACCCCCACGAGGCCCCCAAGGUCAGGUGUACGCAGAAGAUCUACCACCCCAACCUGGACCUCGAGGGUAACGUCUGCCUGAACAUCCUCCGCGAAGACUGGAAGCCCGUCCUCAACCUCUCGUCGGUCCUCGUCGGCCUGCAGUACCUCUUCCUCGAGCCCAACCCGGACGACCCGCUCAACAAGGACGCGGCCGAGGACCUGAGGCGUAACAGGGACGCAUUCGCGGCCAACGUCAAGACAUCGAUGCGCGGCGGCACCGUCCGAGGCCAGACGUUCGACCGCGUCUUGAAGUAG